AUGAGAGUGACAACACCAGGAGCAACCAAAUGGCAACAUCUCUCCUCAUGCUUCGCUAUAAAUACACCAAAUUCUUCGUCAUUCUUCACCAAUAUUCUGAAAUGGCCAAGCCACAAAAACAAGCCACAAAAACUCACUACUCUUCUAUUCUUUCUAAUGGCUUUUGUGAUGCACUGCCAUUCCCAAGAGCGGAAGGUCCAUGUUGUGUACAUGGGAGAAAUACCAACGGGCGAAAAUCUCAUGGAAUCGACGCCUUACUACAUGCAGUGCUUGGAAAAGGUUCUUGGAAGUCCCGAAGCUGCAAAGGAGUCACUAGUUUACAGUUAUGGUCGGAGUUUUCAUGGAUUUGCAGCGAAACUGUCGGAUGAAGAAGUUGCAAGAUUUUCAGAGAUGAAUGAAGUGGUCUCUGUUCUUCCUGACACCAUGUUUCAACUUCACACAACAAGAUCAUGGGACUUCUUGGGACUAACUGAUGAUCAAUCCCACCAUGUUGGAAGUUCUGGAGGAGAUGUAAUUAUUGGAAUACUAGAUUCAGGAAUCUGGCCAGAAUCAGCUAGCUUUAGAGAUGAAGGAUUUGGUCCUCCACAGGAAAAAUGGAAGGGGACUUGCCAAACUAACAAAAACUUCACCUGUAACAACAAAAUCAUCGGAGCUAGAUACUACAACAGCCUAAAUAUAUAUAUUCCGGGAGACAUAGAUUCUCCAAGGGAUUCGAUAGGACAUGGCAGUCAUACUGCUUCGAUUGCAGGUGGUAGAGAGGUAGAGGGAGCAAGUUACUUCGGCUUAGCUGAGGGGCUUGCAAGGGGUGGAGCUCCUGAUGCAAGAAUCGCCGUGUACAAAGUUUGCUGGUCUGGUGCUGGGUGCUAUUCUGCUGACAUCCUUGCUGCUUUUGAUGAUGCAAUUGCUGAUGGGGUGGACAUCAUAUCACUUUCUAUUGGACAACCUUUUGUAACCCAAUAUUGGGGAGACCCAUCAGCGAUUGGAUAUUUCCAUGCAAUGAAACGUGGGAUAUUGACCUCAGCUUCUGCUGGAAAUUUUGGACCAGAAAGAGCAGCUGUUGAAAAUUACGCACCCUGGUUACUCACUGUGGGAGCCAGCAACAUUGACAGGAAAUUUGUGUCCCACUUGGUCCUUGGAAAUGGACAGAUAUUUAUGGGAUCUUCCAUAAAUAACUUUAACUACAAUGGGACCUUGUAUCGUUUGGUGUGGGGUGGAGAUGCUGCAAACUAUUCUGCCUAUUACAGCCCUCUAUUUUCAACUUCUUGCUAUCAUGGGUCACUGGACUCCAUCAAAGUGCAGGGUAGCAUUGUUCUCUGUGAUGAUCGGUCUGAUGGUUCUGGUGUUAUCAAGGCAAAUGGAGCUGGCAUCAUAAUGCCUAGUCGACCUAUUGAUAAUUUAGCUGCUCCUUUUCCUCUGCCAACCAUAUUCAUCAGCAGAGAAGACAUUGCCAAAGUGCUGGAGUACAUAAGAUCUUCCAAAAAUCCACAAGCUAAUAUAUUGGUAAGUGAGGCAAUAAAGGAUAUCACAGCUCCCUAUGCUGCUGCCUUUUCAUCUAGAGGCCCCAAUCUGAUUGAUCCUGACAUUCUCAAGCCUGAUAUCAUUGCACCGGGUGUGAAUAUCCUUGCUGCUUGGUCUCCCAUUGGAAGCGCUUCAAUUUACAGAGGCGACCCCAGGAGUACCGACUACUUUGUAGACUCUGGAACAUCAAUGUCUUGCCCUCAUGCAAGUGGAGCUGCAGCUUACGUGAAGGCUGCUCACCCAAGUUGGUCUCCUGCAGCAAUCAAAUCUGCAAUCAUGACCACAGCAUACAGCAUGGACCCAAGAAAACAUGAAAAUGAGUGGGAAUUUGCUUAUGGAUCUGGUCUCCUCAACCCUGUGAGGGCUGUGGAUCCUGGGCUGGUCUUCGAUGCAUCUGCCGAAGAUUACAUGGAUUUCCUGUGCAGGCAAGGCUACAACACCGCAACACUAAGACUAGUGAGCGGUGAUCUCAGUGCUUGUCGUCACAGCACCACACUCGGCAGGGGAUGGAAUCUCAACUACCCUUCCUUCUCCCUAGCAAUUGAAGAUGGCCAAAAGAUCAAUGGCAUUUUCACAAGAACAGUAACAAACGUCGGCUCCCCGAACUCAACCUACUACGCCGGUGUCCAAGUACCGGAGUCUCUCUUCGUCACCGUGAAACCAUCCGUUCUUCGAUUCUCAGCUCUAGGAGAGAAGAAAAGCUUCAUUGUGAAGGUUAAAGGAGGACAAAUAAGUCAGGUGCCAAUCAUAUCAGGUUCUAUUACUUGGAUUCAUGGUGUUACUCUUGUUCAUAUCGUCAGAACCCCACUUGUUGUUUACACCGUCCUCCCAUCAACAUUUUCUAACAAUUCCUCCCGUCCAACAACCAAAUCAGCCGCCGCAAAAGCUGCUGCUUCUCAUGAAUAUCCAAAAGGCGGCCGCGGCAUGUUGUGGGGCCCCUAG